AUGGCUGUUCGUGGUAACACCUUGACCCCGUUCUCCAUCCAAGCUAUUUUAACCAGGAAGGAUGAGAAUCGACACUCGAAAAGUUUGGACGUGUCCUGCUUUUCGCCUGCUACCUGUUGGAAGAUGUUGAAUGGUUUGAAUUCCUGUCCAAAGAUGAGUGCCUCUUCUGGGAAAAUCGAGACAGGGAGGGAUCUGCCAAAUGAACAGCUCUGUUGUGACUCCGAUUCAGGCGUCAGUGAUGAAAAUGACUGUAAAAAUCAUUCGAUCUGCAACUCGGAAAAGGAGCUGGAGAUUUCUGCAGCAUGUUCCUUACAGUCGAAACCAAUGAAGGAAGCAGGAGCGAGUCUCAGCGAAGAGAUUGAGAAGGAUGAUAGUAAGGACUAUCUGUGUAACGGGGGAAUGUCAGAAAAUUUAUCAGCUCCAAGCCUCGUUGACGAAGACUGUAAAUCUGACCAAAGCCCGGAUCAGCCCAAACAGAGAAAGAAACGCUCCAGAGCCGCCUUCUCUCAUGCUCAGGUAUUCGAGCUCGAACGCCGCUUCAAUCACCAGAGAUAUCUGUCUGGUCCCGAGCGGGCGGAUCUGGCCGCCUCUCUCAAACUCACCGAAACUCAGGUUAAAAUCUGGUUCCAGAACCGCCGGUACAAAACCAAACGCCGACAGCUUGCCGCUGACCUGAUGGCUUCGGCCCCAGCAGCAAAGAAAGUGGCUGUGAAAGUGUUAAUCCGGGACGAUCAAAGACAGUACAGCCCGGGAGAGUUGCUCAGACCUUCAUUGCUUUCACUUCAGCCGUCCUACCAGUACUACCCAUUCACUUAUUGCCUGCCUGCAUGGACAGUAGCCGCUUGCACGGGAACUCAAUAG